AAUGUUGAGCGUAAUGUAAAAGGGAGUGUGGUGCGAUCUUGAUAUGAUAUGAUAUAAUGUGCUUAAUUCAUUGUACCAUAUAAAUAUGGCUACUUCUCAUUUGUGUUUUAAUCGUGGAAUUCAGACUACCCCUUUGUCUACAUUCAUUCAUCACCAUAACACUCACAAUCACACUCUCUUCCUCUUCUCCUAUCGCCGCCAAUCAUAUCCAUUCUUCUCCACACCUCUUCAAAUGUCUUCUAAUCAUCAUCAUCAUCAUCAUCAUCUUACUUCGACACCUGUCUUCACCAAUGCUGAUCAUCAACGCUUCCUCGAUCACGUCGCUUAUGAUGCUCUUGUUUGGGCUUCUCUUCACGGUCUUCUCAUGGGAGAUCAAUCCUCACAGAAAUCAGGAACAAUUCCUGGCGUAGGAUUGGUGCAUGCUCCAUUUGCCUUAUUCCCUACGUCAUUUCCAGAAACAAAAUGGAAUCAAGCUUGUGAAUUGGCACCUAUAUUCAAUGAACUUGUUGAUCGUGUUAGUUUAGAUUAUCAAUUUCUUCAGGAAUCUCUCUCCAGGACUAAGAAAGUCGACCAAUUUACCUCUAGACUUUUAGAUAUUCAUUCCAAGAUCAACAAAAAAGAGGAAAUACGGUUGGGAUUACAUCGUUCAGAUUAUAUGCUUGAUGAACAAACAAAAUCACUUUUGCAAAUUGAGCUCAACACUAUUUCCUCUUCAUUUGCUGGUUUUAGUAGUCUUGUCACUCAACUUCAUAGGUACAUACUUUCGUGCCAUGAAAAAUUGCUUGGGCUGGAUUCAGAAAAGGUUCCUACUAAUAAUGCUGUCAAUCAGUAUGCAGAGGCGUUGGCUAAAGCUUGGAGUGAGUAUAAUAACCCCAGGGCUGUGAUUAUGAUUGUAGUUCAGGCUGAAGAGCGAAACAUGUAUGACCAGCAUUUUCUAUCUGCGGUUCUAAGAGACAAGUAUGGUAUUACAUUUGUACGCAAAACGUUGGCGGAAGUUGAUCAAGAAGGAGAAAUUCUACCAGACGGAACACUUUCUGUGGGCGGACAAGAAGUUGCAGUCAUUUACUUCAGGGCUGGCUAUACACCACUUGAUUAUCCUUCAGAAUCAGAAUGGAGGGCUAGGCUACUGAUGGAACAAUCUUCUGCUGUCAAAUGCCCUUCCAUAUCUUAUCAUUUGGUUGGCUCCAAGAAGAUUCAACAAGAACUUGCAAAGCCAGGCGUUCUUGAGAGGUUCCUUGAAAACAAAGACGAUAUUGCGAAAUUGCGUGAAUCCUUUGCAGGACUGUGGAGUUUGGAUGACUCGGAUAUUGUUCAAAAAGCAAUUGAAAGACCCGAAUUAUUUGUGAUGAAGCCCCAGAGAGAAGGAGGAGGAAACAAUAUUUACGGCGAUGCUGUGAGGGAAAGCCUCAUAAAUUUGCAGAAAACGGGCUCUCAAGAAAAUGCAGCUUACAUACUUAUGCAGAGGAUAUUUCCAACUAUUUCUGAAGCAGUUUUGAUGCGUAAUGGUCAUUGGCACAGGGACCGUGCCAUCUCAGAACUUGGGAUAUUUGGUACAUAUUUAAGGAAUAAGGAUAGGGUCAUCAUGAACAAGCAAAGUGGCUAUUUGAUGCGGACAAAAAUAUCAUCAUCUGAUGAAGGUGGGGUUGCAGCUGGUUAUGCAGUUAUAGAUAGUGUAUACCUCACUUGAUGUAGCCAACCUAUAACUUAUCAGGGUAUAUCAAAACAUUUUUUUUUACAUAUUAUAGUUCAAGUCUCCUCAAUAUCGAAAGAAGGGAGGCCACAUUGUUUCUUUUUGCUUUUUUCCAUGUAAUGUUGUAUAGCUACAUUCAAUAACCUGUUAAUGCUUCCUGAUCAUUACUAAAGAGUAAAGUCCUGUUUGUUCUUAUUGAAA